AUGAAAGCCACGCCCCUUGGAUAUUCGUUCUGUCGACAUUAUCAAGUCUCACGACCCGUUGCCCCUGUCAUGCGCACCUUCACCCAGCGGUCCGGUCAUUGCUGCAAGCGCUUCCUCGUGCUCUUUGGGAUCAGACGACGUGCUUCCCGCCUCCUCUACCUCCUCUUGCACGGAAUUCUAUCCCCGUGUUUAAUACUCUCGCAUGGUUCAACCUGCAGCAUUUUUGAUAAUAGCUGA